AUGGAACAACAAGCACCUCCAGAAGACACAACGCAAACUUCAGAGGAAGUUCUUAUAUAUAAAUCAACAACCCAAGAACAAACUGAAGUUAAAACAUCAAACCCUAAAGAUACUAAAGUUAUGCAAACAUCAGAUGUGGAAAGUAAUGAAAGUGGUGGUGAUAUAAUUGCCAUUGUUAAACCACCUCCUUCAACUGGGAACGUUCCUCCUGUGCAAGCUGAUGAGGAAGAUAACAUGAAUGAUAUUCCCGGGAUCCGAGUUUCUAUGGCAACUAUAGUUGAACUACCUCCCCUUGAGGAACAACAAAGGCUAUCUGAUGAGAACAUCCCACCUGUUUCAGAAAAAGUCAUUGACGAGAUCUUUUCUAGUAUUAUUACUUUACCUGAGGAAUUACAGCAAGCUCAGCCAUCAGAGGUUCCAAACCAACUCGCGAUUGAGCAAUCGUCACCACAGGUUACAGAAAUAACCGAAACGAUCGUAACAAGCGAAACAAGUGAGGAACCACUUGCGGUUAACGUGACGAACGAAACUGGUGUCAUAAAUGAGAUCGAUGAGCCCAUCGUGGUUGAAACGGUUGAAACUGUUUCAACGAGCGAAACUACCAUGACAGCCGAACCGACUGUGAUCACGGAUAAUACGGAGCAACAGCCCGUUGUGAUUGUUACCGAAAGUGUCAAUGAAACGAGUGAUGAUGUUCAGAAUAAUGCUCAAAACAUUCAUAGUUCUUCUACGGCUCAGGAUAUGCAAGCUAUUCAAGAAGUUCAAAUUUCUCAAAGUUCUUCUACGGCUCAAGAUAUGCAAGCUAUUCAAGAAGUUCAAAUUUCUCAAAGUUCUUCUACGGCUCAGGAUAUGCAAGCUAUUCAUGAAGUUCAAAUUUCUCAAAGUUCUCCAAUUAUCCAUGAUGUUCAAAGUAAUCCGAUUGUUCAAGACAACCAAAAUGUACAGAAUGAUCAAAACGUUUCAAUAGUUCAGGAUGUGCCUCCUGCUGUUCAUGAAGUGCAAAGUGCUCAGGACGUUCAAAUUGCUCAAAAUUCCCUAAUUGUCCAAGAUGAACAAAGUGUUCAAGUCAUUCAAACCACCCAAAAUGUUCAAAUUCUCCAAAACGAGCAAAACAUUCAAAAAGUUCCGGAUGUUCAAAGCGUUCCUUUCGUUCAGGAUGUGCAAAAUGUUCAGAACGAUCCUAAUGUUCAAAACUCUCAAGUUUUUCAGGGUAUGCAGGGUGCGCAACAGCCCAUGAUUAUAGAUCAAGAUCAUCCUGAACAGCAAAAAACAGAACAAGUAACUAACGAGACUGAUCAAGUUUCACCUGAAGUAGCAACAUCAAUGGAAGUUCCACCACAACAAUCUUCGAUUCAAGUUAUAUCAGAUGCAACAACGGAAAUUACCACCGUAGCCCCUACUGGUGAUGACGUUCAACAAAUGGAAACUUCGUCGGCUGCCGUAAACGUUAAUGCAUUUGAUUAUGAAGAUGCUAUAAAGAAAGCUCACGCUAUUGCGGCGAAAUUACUUAAUAAUGAAGGUGUAGCUGUUGUUCAAAAUCAGCAGAUUAUUCCUACUAGUAAUGCACAGCAAGGGGUUAAAAGAUUGCACGAAGAAAGUUACAAUCCACAUAAUCCACAUAAUCCACAUGUAUCCACUAAAGAUAAUCGAGAUGAUUAUCGAGAUGAUUAUCGAAGAGAUUCUUACACCCGACGUGAUAGAGGACGAUAUGAUGAUUACGGAAGAGAUUCUAAAAGAGCGGCAUAUGACGGUGGUUCUUCUCGCCAAGAGUAUGAUGGAGGUGGCAGACAUCGUUACGGUCUUGGAAGCGAGGAGCGCAGGUCACAUCAUGGUUCGCAUUACGGACCAGGUGAUUCGCGUGGUACUGGACAUGAAGAAUUUAAGGUUCCUAAUGCCGUUGUUGGCUUAGUAAUCGGUCGUGGUGGUGAGAAUUUGAAGAGGAUUGAAAAAACGACUGGUGCACGAAUUCAAUUUUCACAAGACCAGCCUCCGGAUGUUGUUGAAAGACGCGUUACUAUUACCGGUCAACCUGAUGACGUUAAAACCGCUCGAGCAAUGAUUCAACAACUCGUCGAAGACGCAAGUAAUGGGACUUUGACUAGUCGUCGAGAUUCACAUAGUAGUAGCGGUAAUCGUUCGACCAUUACGAUUCAUAUUCCCGUUAAUAAAGUUGGUGUCGUAAUUGGACGCGGCGGGGAAACUAUUAGGGACUUACAAGAUAGAAGUGGCGCACGUAUCAAUGUUACCCCAGAUAGUGCAGCUAGUCCACAAUCUAAUGAUCGUCCUGUUACCUUAAUUGGGGAUGAAACAGCUGUACAACGAGCAAAAGCUCUUAUUGAUGAAAUUGUUAAUACUGGAGAAUCGAGUUCUGAUAGGAAUCAUCCCAAAGAUUAUCGUUCCAAUAAUUAUGGAAAUAAUUAUAACAAUACCGACAAUAAUCACCAUGGAAACGGUUACAAUGGUGGUCAUUAUGGAUCUAAUCAUGGACAAUAUAAUCAUCAUUCAGGUAAGUCCAGUCAAGAUAGUAUAACCAUCCAAGUUCCGAACGAUUCUGUCGGUUUAAUCAUCGGAAAAGGUGGUGAAACUGUUCGAGCGCUUCAACAACAAUCGGGCGCAAAAAUUCAGAUCGAGCCUGUUCAUGGAGUUCCACCAGUAGAUCGUAACGUACAAAUUAUCGGUACUGCUGAAAAUAUCGCUAUCGCGAAAUCAUUGAUUCUUGAAAAAGCUGCAUCCGGAAAUCGUGAAAGACAAUCUCGUCAUAAUAACGAUCAAGGAAGAAACGAUUACGGAUCAAGCGGAUAUCAACAAAGUGGAUAUCAGCAGAGCGGAUACCAGCAAAGUGGAUAUCAGCAAAGUGGUUACCAACAAGGCAAUUAUCAACAGAGUAGCUAUCCGCAAAGUAGCUACUCACCAAGUAGCGGUACAUCGAAUGAUUAUGGUCAAAGUACUGCGAGUGGUUAUCCUAGCGCCAAUACUUAUGGAGUAGCAGGACAGCAACCACAAACGGCUUAUAGUCAAUAUAAUCAAUAUGGUACUGCUCAAACUGCAACGCCAUACAAUCAAUAUCCAACGCAGACACAAUACGGAGCUUAUGGUCAAACCACACAGUAUAGUCAAUCCACCACUGGACAACCCGUUGGGCAACCUACUAUUCAACCCGUGAUUCAACCCGUGAUACAGGCUGUUAAUAAUCAACCUACAGGUCAACCAAGUGUUCAACCACAAGUCGGAUAUUACUCAACUCAAACGACUACAAUGGAUCCAAACAAAAUUGGAUCGGGAAAUGAAAUUAAGACAGAUGUUCAAGCAGUAUCCGCCACACCGAAUUACGCUUAUCAGCAAUAUGGAUAUAAUUAUGGAACGCCAACUUCUAAUCAAUAUCCAACUGUUGCUACCGGACAAAUUCAAACUGCCACCGUUAGCCAAGCUGCUGGUGGGUAUCCACUUUUAGGUGCUACCGCGACCGCGUACGGUACCCCCACAGCAAUCAAUACCGGUACGACUUCUAAUUCUGCAACGCCUGGAAGUGAUCAAACUAAUCUUCAAACAGCAUAUUCCGGAUAUUACGGCUAG